UCAGUUCACCUGAGUAUGAUUGCACCAGGCUGUGAUCUGGUGUUCUGGUGGUCUGGUGGUCCAGGAGCAGACAUGGAAGGUCCGUCCUCCCGGGAACCUUCCACCCCGGACGGAGCGCUGUGUCUGCCCGGCAGGAGAGACUCUGGUGGGGCAGCGGAGAGUGACUCUACCCGGGACAUGAAGACACACUUCAGAGUGUGUCGCUUCAUCAUGGAGACAGGUGUGAAGCUGUGUAUGCGCUCAGUGCCUGUGGCCACAGCGUGUGUGUUGUACCACCGAUUCUUCGAGCGUGUUACCCUGCGGGACUAUGAACCCUACUUGGUGGCCAUGAGCUGUCUGUACCUGGCCGGCAAAGUGGAGGAGCAGCACAUCAGGACCCGUGACAUCAUCAACGUAAGCCACAGGUAUUUUAACAACGGCAGCGCUCCUCUAGAAUGUGACAAGGUGUUCUGGGACCUGAGGGACAGUGUGGUGCAGUGUGAGCUCCUCAUCCUUCGACAGCUCAACUUCCACGUCUGCUUUGAGCACCCGCACAAGUAUUUACUUCACUACCUGCUGUCCGCCAAGUCGCUGGUGAACCGCCAUGCCUGGUCCCGAUGCCCUGUCGCUGAGACUUCCUGGGCGUUGCUUAGAGACUGUUACCACGGAGCCAUGUGUAUCCGCCACAUACCCCAACACAUUGCCAUAGCAACGCUGUACCUUGCUCUAAACAGCUACGGACUGGAGCUUCCUGUCGGAGAGAGAGAGUGGUGGAAGGUGCUGUGCGAGGACGUGACCAAAGCAGACAUCGAUGCUGUGAUCUCAGACCUUCUGCAGCUCUACGACAUGGAGGCCAAGUGUAUCUGAAGGAUUCACACACACUCAAAGAACCUGCACACACACACACACACACACACACGCACACACACAGGAGACACAGGGCAGUUGUUUUGCGUGUGUGUGCGUCUCCCUGCAUGUAAAUGUGAAGAUCCAGGUGUGUGUGUGUGUGUGUGUGUGUGUGUGUGUGUGUGUGUGUGUGUGUGUGUGUGUGUGUGUGUGUGUGUGUGUGUGUGUGUGUGUGUGUGUGUGUGUGUGUGUGUGUGUUGGCCCAGUUAGUCUGUGAGCUGUGACAGAGACUCUGCUGCACUCCUGAUUCCUGCCGCCCCGGGGAGACAUUUCUCUCUGCAGAAUACUGAUGAGCUCCUGAACAGCAGCAGCUUUCCGGUACGGCUGCUGGAAUUUAGGACAACAUCACACCAUCCUAUUAAAAUGUGUAGAAAUGCACAGAUACUGUGAGCUCACCUGGAUAUGUGUUAUUGAAUGUCAUCAUCCUGACACAUGUCGAACUGGGAUAACAUGAAGCAAUAAGGAUGUGCAAUUUCUUGGUCUCAUGAAUUAUCCUCUGUUUUGGGAUUAUUUUUGUAUUCUUAUUUUACAAUUUUAUCCAACAAAAACAACCAAUAAAUUGCUUUCAUUGACUUGUUAACUAGUCAACACAUUCUGACGCGGCAUAUGGCAGUAUUUAAUUCAACAUUACAUGCAGAGAAGAAGAAGAAGAAGAAGAAGAAGAAGAAGAAGAACAGGAGAGCUGACGGGAGAGUACACCUGGUGUCACUGAUGUGGAUGUUUUCACUUUUUCAAAAGGAGAUCAGACUUGCAAUUUUUAAAAUGUGCAGCAAUGAUUCAAGGAGGAGGAGAAACGUUUUAACACAAGUAUUUGAGUCAGCUGAGAAGUCGUCAUCGCAACAAAGAUGUAUUGAAGAAAUAAGGAGCAGCAGUAGCCGCAGUUAGCAUUAGCACCAAGGACAGAUUCAACAUAAAUGUGAGAGCUGCGUAAAGUUAAUCAGAGAUGACCCACAGCUAAAGCAGUGGCGUUUCAGUACCUGGAAUCACCUUUCUCCAGGUAGAGACCAUGGAUUUCAGCAGCUAAUAUUUGGAACAGUAUCCUGAAUCUACUCUGCAGACGCUACCUGCCCUGUAUGAUGUGAUCUCUACAUACAUUCACAGUCUGAACCACAACAACGCCAGGGUCACAAGUUUGACCAUGGACAGAUGGACUUCUGACAUUAGUCCAGAAAGGAUGCUGAGUGUGAUGAAGACUUUAACAUGGAGAAGACAUUACUGCAGCACAGGAGAGCUCCGGUUCACAGAGACUAAACACAUGAAGAGUCAGAGCUGAGCUUUGAUUCUGUGUUAAUGAUGGAGACUUCAGGUUGUCAACCUUUAAACUACAAAAAUGUAAAAUACAAGUGGAUGACUGUUACGUGGAGUUCAGGUUGGGAUGUGCCGUCUCUGCUGGAUGAUUUAUUUUUUUAAAGAUGUAGAUCUGUUAUAUUAAAUAUUAUUCUGUUGGACCUCCCUCUGACCUCUUCAUCAGGUGUUGAUAUGACGGCAUGUUGCCGCCUCCUGGUUUGAAGAGACCUCUGUUUUUGUGAUUGCUGCCGUGCUCAGAAAUCUUUCAUGAAUUGAUUAAGAGUUUUGUAUUUUUGGACGUGGAUGAAGAUAAUAAAUGAAAAGUGUGGACACAA